UUUGAUAAUGUGGCAGUUGAGUCCAAUAUGUCCAGGGAUGUUCAAAGAUAAUCCGCCAUAGAUCUAUAACAAAGCAAUUAUUGGAUUUACCUGUAUUGGACAAUAAACAGUGUCGAUUGUAUUCAGGUCAAUUGCCACAUUAUCAAAGUUUAUUAGUAGUAUCACGGGGAAGUGUAUAAACAAAAACAACCUCACUAUCGUAAACAGAAACAGCAAAAACAUUGCAUCCCCGCAGGUGGGCCCUGACACGGAUAGCUUUCAUUGCUAACUGGAGGAUUUUUUCCCUCGAACCAGGAACUGUACUGGCACGGGACUGAUAGUUCUAGCUAUGCUGACCUUGUAUUAUAUAUAUGGAGACGGGAAGGUUUUACCUCCUGAAGGCAGUUCUGGCAGUACCGAAGACGGAGGAGAAACAUCCAUGGUAACUGUACCAAUUAUAGCUGUUCUGGCUGUUCUGGCUGCACUUAUCAUAGCUGCUGUCAUACUUGCAGUUGUACUUUAUCGAAGACAUUACCGAAAGAAAUGGAAUGUUAACAAAGCCCCUAAAGUGCUGGAAAGCAGCAAAGGUGAAGACAAUGCUGGUAUAGAGGACGAAUAUAACACUAUACCAGCAGAUUAUGAAGAGAUACCACAAAAUUCCUACCACGCCCUAGAAAGCAAGAAAACGGACACAAAACACGCUUAUUCUAACAAAAGUCGUGACGAUAGCGUGAGGUACAGCACAAUAGUUCUUAAUGAAGAUACUGAAACAAACAUGAAUGCCUAUGGUUAUGAUAAAACUAAUCUUAAGAUAAGAUAUGAAGCAAAUGAAUUGAAAGACCAAGAAAGUUUGCAUAGUUAUGGUCACUUUAGUGACACGUCAGACGAUUACAACAAAAUAAAAACAAACCUAAACAGACAAAAUGUAAACAAAGCGUAUGCUCAUUUUGAAUUCGAACCAUCCAGUGACUAUUCACAUUUGCAUUAUAAAAACAAAGAUUUACAACACAUGCCAAGCAAUAAUUACAGCCACUUGCAAACAAAAUUCAAUCCCACUAGACCAAUUAAACGUGCUGACAGUUACGAACAACCGGUUCUUAAGGAUAUGAAUGAUGUUCUGUUAAGCGAACCAAAAGCCAAAACGGGCGAGUAUGAGACUUCAGUAAAAGAAGUUGAACCUUCGGACACUAAGGUCGAUUUCUCCAGGGAUAGUAAAAUGAAAAGGAAAGACAGUUACGAAGAGCCGGUACUAAUCUGUACAUCAGGAAGGAAAGAUGUUUUAAAGAAUGAACCAAAAGUAAAUUUGAAAACAAGAGAUGAUUAUGAGGCGCCAGUAAGUUUAAAAGAUGCGUCAGUUGAUAACAGCGAUGUUUCCAUGAAUGGUACAAUGAAAAGGAAAGACAGUUAUGAAAUACCUGUACUGAAGAACACUGAUGUGUCUAACUCUGAACAAAAGGUUAUUAGUAAAAUAGUUGAUAAGUAUGAGACACCAUUAAGUUUACGAGAUUCUGAAAAUGUUCCGGAAAAUGCUAUGAGUGAGAUUUCUCAUAAUAAACAACUGAAAAAGGUAGAUAGUUACGAGACGCCAGUACUGAAAACACAGAGUACAGCCAUGCAUUUACCACAAUGAGAAAACCGAUUGAUAAUACAUUAACAUGUUGUGACUUAAAUGCUUGGUUGCAUUCUAAGCUUCCAGAGGAUUUUCUUAUAGGCUUUAUUAUGUACAUGGUAUCAAGGACACGUUUACUUGGCCAAACUAAAGCUGUCGUGUGUGUGUGCUAAGCAUGGGUUUAGGUCCAUUUUGUCAUCGUGAACAACACACUAGGUAGAAAAGGAAAUACCGUAAUUUGACAAAUAUGCAAUCGGUGGUACAGUUAACACACUUUUUUGCAUUAUGAAUUUAAUAACAAAUGAUUAUUUAAACAACCUUUUAAGUGGAUGAAAAAAUAAUUUUGAGGUCCAAACUACAACUCACAAAAGUUAUGGACCAAUUUGCGUGGCAGGGUAAAAAAAUGUCUCUUUCCCUGUAUCUGACAAAAUAUACACGAACAUGCUUAAGAAUAUCGCCAAGGUGUCAUCCUGUGCCAAACCAUGCUAUCUUAGGGGAUUACAUAGUCCACAGCGUUUUAUGGGUCGUAGGUUUAGUAGACUAAUGCAGUCUUUAGACUAUAAACAGUCUAUGGGUCGCCACUGCUGUCUUCUUAAGAUGAUAUCUAUAUCGGUAUAUGAAGUACAUUACCUGUACCAAUAUAAACACUAAACAGUGAUUAUACAUUUAUAUAUACAGUUAAAGUGUAGAGCGCAGUAUACGAAGUAUCAAAAGCACAGGAUUUACAAUCGAGGCGACGCAUAAACGUCAAGUAGCGAAAACACAAUUAGUUAAUAGAGUGCAGCAAACCUUACUCACUUUUCAAAGUUAUAGUACAGUGAAAAUAAAUGUAAACUCUUGUGUAUCUUUAACAUAUAGAUAUGUAUAAAAAGGAAUCGAAAUGUAAACCUUUGAUUGCUGUAAAAAUAUAGCAUUUACAGUGUAAACGCGCAAUAUUCAUAUAUAAGCACUGUCCUUAUAAGUAGAAGCACAUAAGUACAGGUAAAAGUGAUAUAUCAGCAUCUACUACGGCGUUCCAUGCUAUAAGGCUUCAUGUUGAACAUUUAACGGUUGAUAAUUGGCUUAUAAAUCAAAUGAGAGAAUGUACCAAUGUUUAUUGACCAAAACGAGGAGAACACUUUACUAAAUAUGUACAACAUUUUACUGAUUCUGCGAGGAACGUAAAUUGCAUCCUGCGGUAACCCAGUAAGAGUAUUCACGGUCUAAGGGAGAAAACUUAUCUUACAUUAGACCAAUUGACUGUUACUUAUUAACAAUUUGAAUAUUUUUUAAACGUUUCAACAUUUACUGAGUGAGAUCAAUAUAUGAGCUGAUAACAUUAAAGGUACCAUAAUUUUAAUAGAAACUGAAGUGUUUAAGGAACUCUUUGGGGGUUCUCCUUAAACAGAAACACUGUCAAAACGUUUUCAUUAUCAGGAUACCUUUGUAAAAUUUUAAUUGCGAGAUACAAAGAAUAAAAAUCUUACAUGCUAAUAACA